AUGCGCAUUGAUUCUUGGAUUCCACUGCUGCUGCCCCUCGCGGCAGCUCAUUCAGUGCCCAAGGGCACUGAUUUCGCACGUCGCCAGCUGCCCAAGCAGCCUACUGGUGUCAAGACAAUCAAGACUGCUAAUAAUGUCACCAUUCGUUACAAGGAGCCUGGCAAGGAGGGUGUUUGUGAAACUACCCCGGGUGUCAACUCAUACUCGGGUUAUGUGGAUCUUGCGCCUAACGUGCACACUUUCUUCUGGUUCUUUGAAGCCCGGCAUAACCCAGAUACUGCUCCAAUUACACUGUGGCUCAAUGGUGGCCCUGGAAGUGACUCCUUAAUUGGGCUUUUUGAAGAAUUGGGACCCUGCCAUAUCAAUGAAACCUAUGAGACGUAUCUGAACCCGCACUCAUGGAAUGAAGUUUCCAAUAUGCUGUUUAUUUCUCAGCCUCUGGGAACCGGUUUCUCAUAUUCCGAGGAAGAAGCUGGCUCCCUCAACCCGAUCACAGGAUCGGUUGAACCUGCCAGUGUGGCGGGGGUUCAAGGCCGCUACCCGGUGAUCAAUGCAUCCAUGAUCGAUACCACCAAUCUCGCUGCCGAGGCCACCUGGGAAGUUUUGCAGGGAUUCCUCGGGGCGCUACCCAAGCUAGACUCAAAGAUCAAAUCCAAGGAGUUUAACCUCUGGACUGAAAGCUAUGGCGGACACUAUGGUCCAGCAUUCUUCGAUCAUUUCUACGAAGAGAACCAGAAGAUUGCCAAUGGUUCCGUCGAAGGAAUUCAACUUGAGUUCAACACCCUUGGAAUCAUCAAUGGAAUCAUCGACGAAGCCAUCCAGGCUCCUCACUACCCCGAGUUCGCGGUUCACAACACCUAUGGCAUUGAGGCAGUCAACAAAACUGUCUACGACUAUAUGAAAUUCGCCAACGAGAUGCCCAACGGUUGCCAGAACCAGGUUGCCACAUGCAAGGCCACUAAUCGCACUUCUCUAUCAGACUAUUCAUUGUGCACAGAGGCAACGAACAUGUGCCGAGACAAUGUCGAGGGUCCAUACUACACAUUCAGCGGCCGUGGUACCUACGACAUCCGCCAUCCAAGUGACGAUACUACUCCUCCCAGCUAUUACGAAAAAUAUCUCGCCAAAGACUCCGUCAUGAACGCCCUCGGAGUUGACCUCAACUACACCGGAUCCAACGACGAAGUCUACUUUGCUUUCCAGCAGACUGGCGAUUUCGUAUGGCCCAAUUUCAUCGAGGAUCUGGAGGAUAUCCUUACUCGCCCGGUGCGCGUGGCGCUCAUCUAUGGUGAUGCUGACUACAUCUGUAACUGGUUUGGUGGACAGGCUAUCUCCCUCGCUACUAAGUAUAAGCAUAGUAAGGAGUUUCAGGCCGCUGGGUAUGCGCCGUUCUUGGUGAAUGGCGUUGAGUAUGGGGAGACGCGUGAGUAUGGUAACUUUUCUUUUACUCGCGUCUAUGAGGCGGGUCAUGAGGUGCCUUUCUAUCAGCCCAUUGCGGCCUUGCAGCUCUUUAAUCGUACUUUGAAUGGUUGGGAGUUGCCAACUGGUGAGAAGAAGUUGACUCCUGGCUUUGGGUCAAGUGGGCCUGCGUCUGCGACGCAUACCCAGUCCUCCGUUGCGCUGCCGACUGCUUCGGGGGUUGCUGGUUUGAGGAAGCACUGA